UGAAAGAUAAGAAAAUCAUUGCAGUUUUCACUAUGCUCUUAAUACCUUAGCUGCUGGAUAACUUGGGUUUACUAGAUAUGAAGAAAAGUAUAUUGACUACACCAAGGUUGUCCAGGAUCACAUCUCUUUAACUGAGCUGAAUUGUGUGUACAUAUCGAAAUACCGUCUGUGUUUAAGGUUGUCUUUGAAAAGACGCAUAGCUGUUUUGAACGUUGCAAACGCUGAACCUGUUUUUUUUUACUGUGUUUGAACUUGGAAAAUGGGUAUCGAAAAACAUGGUUAUUCUUUGCUAAAUCCUCCAAACGAGGAAGAGUUGAGGAAUCUGAAGAAAAUUAUGGGCGAGGAUGAGGAUAAACUACAGAACCAACUUGUUGUACUAUACAAAUGGCUUGAUAGUCAUCCAAAAAUGCCAAAAAAUUAUGAUAAAACAAAGGUUAUGAACUUUCUGAGGGCUUGUAAAUAUGACAUGGAGAAAUGUAAGAGGAAACUUCAGGCCCAUUUCUACAUAAGACACGAAUUCCCAUUGGUUUAUUCUAAUCUGAAUCCAAGAAGUGAGGAAUUAACUACUUUUCCCAAAUAUGGAAACGCUUUAUUUCUGCCUAACUUAACGCCUGCUGGAGAAAGACUUUUCUUUUUGGGUAUGAAUCCGGAUAUUGAUCCAGACAUGAUAGACUUCAAUGCUUAUUGCAAGUUUGGAUAUAUGUGCUAUGAUCUCGUCUUACGGGAGCAGUUUCCAAUCACUGGUGAUAUCAUCCUGAUGGAUGGAACAGGGUUUACAAUGAAGCUUUUCUUGAGAUGUAUCAAUACAGCUGUCAAGGACUCCAUCGAAAUAGCUUACAAAGGUUACUUGAUACGCCUGAAAUCUAUUUACAUCGUAAAUGCACCCGCUGCGGUGGACAAAAUGGUGGCAACCUGGAAAUUGUUCCUGACAGAAAAAAUUAGGAACAGGGUUGUCGUAAGCAAAAAUUCCGAUAUAUUGACGAAAAAAUUUCCAUUACAUUGUCUUCCCCAAGAGUAUGGUGGAACCUUACCUAAAAUCAACCAAUUAACCAGACAGUGGCAUGAGUCACUCAUUAAAAACGAGAAAUGGUUUCUAGAUCAGGAGAGUUGCAAAACUUCAGAACCACCCAAAAAGGAAGAUAACAUAUACGAUGAUAGGUUUGGAGUCGAAGGAACCUUCAGAAAGCUCACCAUUGAUUGAAUGGAUUGGCUUCGAAUUUGGUUGGUGUAUUCAUUCAUUCAAGAAAGACUGCUAUUCCAUCUUUUUUUGUGUUCUUUCUCACUUUAGACGGCUGUGAAAUGAUUUUUAUGCCAAGUGAGAUAGUAAUUUAAUUUCAGGUGUUAUUGGAGUUAUUACCCUUAUCACAUCUUUUCUCCGAGGUUCUGUGUAUUCUAUAACCUUAUUUCUUAUUCUGGGAAGUUUGGUAACCAACUGACACUUGUCAUUUCGUCUCAAUUUUUAAAUAAUUUCAUAUUUACCGAUUGAUAAUAUGAAGAAUUUUGAACAGUAAAAUAUUAUGAAAUCUUCGUUCAAAGAUUUCUUUGGAGGAAAAACAGCUUAGUCUUUUGUCAUUAAGAAAAUAUUAUUGAUGUAAAACUAAUUUAUACCAAUAUUUAUGAGUACUACUUUUUAAAUCUGUAUAUUAUAUUGAAAAACACUAGUUGACGUUUUGAAAUUCUCUGUGAUGUACAGAUAAUACACGUAUAUAAUAAAAAUGUGUUAUAUUUAGAGGUGUUCAUACAAUAAUAAAUUGUAUCUACAUAUAUCAGAAAAUCUGCGAUUGUACGUUUUUUUUACUGAAGACAAACUUGUUUUUGUCAUUCACGAAUUAUUCCUUUUACAAACACAUACAUAUGCAAAAAGCAAGGGAUAACUCAAAGAUGCACAAUUAUUAAAUAAGAAUCAAUAAAGAAUUGAGACAAAAACUGUUUAUUCGA